AUGUCCGCCACUGUUACCAUGACCGCAGCACAAGCACUCGUCAAUGCCCAGAAGAAGGCUGCGCGCCUCUCCACCAUCACCUCGAUCAACAAGGACGCGAACGCGCAACUCUCUCAAGUCAUUCGUCAAAUGCUUGCACAGCGCAACGCGAAGCCCCGUACCCGUUCUUUCCGCGACAAGUUCUUCGAUAUCCGCAAGCGCCGCGGUGUACCCAGCAUCAACCUUGCCGCCCUCGCUGCCUGCCCGCCGGGAAACAGGCACCAGCCUCCCGUCAUCCUGAUCCAGGGUCCCUCGCCGACUAUCGAGUCGUUGCCUCCCAAGGCUAUGGAGCGCCGCCUCGCAACAUACAAGGACAUGAACACCAUCACGAAGUACGACUCUGAGCAAGACGCCGAGAUCAAGUACUACAUCCAGCUGCGCGACUACUACUCAGCGCUCCAGAUCGAGCAGCCUUCAUUCAUCCCUUCAUACUAUUGGUUACCUCCAGUCGCGCGCAAGCCUGCGCCCUCAGUCGAGCCUGUGCCUGUACAAGGGUGGGUGAACAUGGCACCGUGCCCUGCACCGGCGAAGCGGGGACGCGAUGAGUCCAGUGACGGCUACUCCCGCCAGCCUGCCAAGCGCACUCGCCACUCGAUUUCCAUCUCGGCCGCUCCCUGCAACCAAUGA